AUGGCGUCACUCAAAGUUCCUGCAACCGUCCCUCUUCCCGAAGAAGACUCCGAGCAACUCCACAAGGCCUUUAAAGGAUGGGGAACCAACGAAGGAAUGAUCAUAUCAAUCUUGGCUCACAGAAAUGCAACGCAACGCAGCUUCAUUCGCGCUGUUUAUGCUGCUAUUUACUAUAAGGAUCUUCUCAAGGAACUAGACAAAGAGCUAUCUGGUGACUUUGAGAGAGCUGUCAUGUUGUGGACUCUUGAGCCAGCGGAGAGAGAUGCGUAUUUAGCGAAAGAAUCAACGAAAAUGUUCACUGCUAACAACUGGGUUCUCGUUGAAAUCGCUUGUUCCAGAUCUGCCCUUGAGUUUUUCAAGGCUAAGCAAGCAUACCAAGCUCGCUACAAGACCUCUCUCGAGGAAGAUGUCGCGUACCACACAUCUGGAAAUAUCCGAAAGCUAUUGCUUCCUCUUGUGAGCACCUUUAGGUACGAUGGUAAUGCUGAUGAGGUUAACGUGAAGCUGGCUAGAUCUGAAGCUAAGAAACUUCACAAGAAGGUCACUGAGAAGGCUUACACUGACGAAGAUCUCAUCAGAAUCUUGACAACAAGAAGCAAAGCUCAAAUCGGGGCAACGCUCAAUCACUUCAAGGACAACUUUGGAAGCUCUUUGAACAAGUUCUUAAAGGAAGAUUCGGAAGAUGAAUACGUUCAGUUGCUCAAAACCGCGAUCAAAUGCUUGACAUAUCCAGAGAAGUACUUUGAGAAGGUUCUACGCCGAGCAAUCAACAAGGUGGGAACAGACGAGUGGGCACUCACCAGAGUGGUCACUACUCGAGCAGAAGUCGACUUGGAGCGGAUCAAAGAGGAAUACUUACGCAGGAACAGCGUUCCUCUUGAUCGAGCCAUCGCUAAUGACACUUCUGGUGACUACAAAGAUAUGCUUCUCGCCCUUCUCGGACAUGACCAUGCUUGA